AUGUCGGUUACUAUAAGAAAAAUCCAAGAGGGAGAUAAAGAAGAAUGGACCAAUCUUUGGUCUGGUGCUGGGGGCUACCUUGAAUUUUAUAAAUCCACUGUUCCUGAGAAAGUUACCGAAACUACUUUCAAGAGAUUUUUUGAUGAUAAGGAUCCGGUCUACUCUGCAGUCGCAGUUGACGAUUCUACUGGGAAGAUUAUCGGAUUUGCAAAUUAUCUUACCCAUAGGAACACUUGGACCAUUGGUGAUUCCUUAUACUUAAAUGAUCUUUUUGUCAGCAAUGACUGCAGAUUGAAAGGGACUGGUAGAAAGUUAGUUGAGUUCGUUUACACUGAAGCUGACAAAUUUGGCUGCGAAAAUACUUACUGGCAUACACAGUUUGAAAACCAUAGAGCUCAAUUACUUUAUACAAAGGUCGGAUACAAGGCAGGAUUCUUGGUUUACAAGAGACCAAAGGAAUAG